UAUGUCGUCAUGCGCAUGACGUCAGAAACGCAAAUUUUGAAGGUUACGUUUUGACAGCACGAUUUUAACUUAUUUUGCGGCUGCUAGCGCAGUAGCUUGGUGUUUUAGCAGCAUUACGCUUCGAUUCUGUGUAACGUGUGUAAAAAGUUCGAUCAAAUGACGAGUUAGGACCUACCGCGAAAUUGUAGACGACUAAUAUCUCUGUUGAUCAUUAAAGGUUAGAAGUAGGGUUAGGGUGUAGUCGUUUACUAAAAAGAUGGCAGGAGGAACCGUAUUGCAGAAAGCCAUUGAUUUGGUAACAAGAGCCACUGAGGAGGACCGCAAAAAGAACUACGAAGAAGCCCUAAAAUUGUAUGAACAUGCAGUGGAGUAUUUCUUGCAUUCUAUCAAAUACGAAGCACAAGGUGACAAGGCAAAGGAUAGCAUUAGGUCAAAGUGCUUACAGUAUCUCGAUCGGGCAGAAAAGCUGAAAGAGUAUUUGAAGAAGGGAAAGAAAAAGCCUGUCAAGACAGGUGAAAAUAAUGAUAAAAGUGAUGAGAAAAAAAGUGACAGUGGUGAUAGCGACAAUGACAGUGAUCCUGAGAAGAAGAAAUUGCAAAGCAAGUUGGAAGGGGCCAUUGUUAUUGAAAAACCUAAGGUUAAAUGGAGCGAUGUUGCUGGGUUGGAUUUAGCCAAAGAGGCUUUGAAAGAAGCUGUUAUUUUGCCUAUACGUUUUCCACACCUUUUCACUGGGAAACGUAUACCUUGGAAGGGUAUUUUGCUUUUUGGACCCCCAGGAACUGGCAAAUCAUAUUUAGCAAAAGCAGUAGCAACAGAGGCAAAUAAUUCCACAUUCUUCUCAGUAUCAUCUUCUGAUUUAGUGAGCAAAUGGCUUGGUGAAUCAGAGAAACUCGUCAAGAACUUAUUCGAAUUAGCCCGACAGCACAAACCUAGUAUAAUUUUUAUCGAUGAAGUGGAUUCUCUAUGUUCUUCGCGGUCUGAUAAUGAAUCAGAAUCUGCACGAAGGAUAAAGACAGAAUUCUUAGUGCAGAUGCAAGGUGUCGGUUCAGAUAAUGAUGGCAUUCUUGUUCUGGGAGCAACAAAUAUCCCCUGGGUCCUUGACUCUGCCAUUAGGAGGAGAUUUGAAAAGAGGAUUUAUAUUCCUUUGCCCGAUGAACAUGCCCGCGUUAUAAUGUUUAAACUGCAUUUGGGAAACACUGCACACCGGUUGACAGAUGACAAUUUCAAACAAUUAGCUGCAUCAACCGAAGGAUAUUCUGGAGCUGAUAUUAGUAUCAUUGUUCGGGAUUCACUUAUGCAGCCAGUGAGGCAGGUUCAGACUGCUACUCAUUUUAAACGUGUCACUGGACCCUCUCCUCAGGACCCCUCAGUCAUAGUCGAUGAUCUGUUGACUCCUUGUUCACCGGGAGAGCCAGGUGCUAUUGAGAUGACUUGGAUGGAAGUUCCUGGAGAGAAAUUAUUUGAGCCUCCUGUAACAAUGAGAGACAUGUUGAAAUCUUUAGCCACUACACGUCCGACUGUUAACGAAGAAGAUAUGGCAAAAUUAGAAAAAUUUAAGGAAGAUUUUGGUCAAGAAGGUUGAUUCUGCUACUCUAUUCUAUAAGAAAUUAUCGAAAUUCUCAAUCAUCGGAAGAUCACGAUACGAUGAUGCGUGCUUGCCUUACUUCCUGUUUCGAAUAAAAAACAAACACUGCGCCCAGUGGCGUCUGUAUAAAGAUACAAUAAGGAUAUAUCCGUUAAUUUCUCGUAACAACAGUUUCGUAUAGAAAAUGCAUAUUAUAAGUCUUUUUCUUAAACGUGGAAUUGUCACAGUCAAAAUCUCUUUUUAUUACAUUAUGUUUGUCACAGGUUGCUUUAUUUUAUGUUUAGUAUUAGUCUGAAAUUAUACAUAGAGUACAAUGAAAUUCACGUGGGUGAUAAGCACUUUUGAUUAUUUGCACUGAAAACAUGUGCUUAAAUAUCGAAAGGUCAUCCAGGAAAUAUCCUAAUUGUCUGUAGAUUAUUUCGUUAUGUUCUUCAUUUGUACUUUUAUCAAAUUCAUUUUGUAUACAUUCUAUGCCAUUGUAGUCCUUUAGCGAAUUGUACUUCACAACUUAACACCAUGUAUGGAUUAGUUGCUUUGGAUCUCAAAAGUGACUAGUUUGUUAAUAACGUUUAUAUUAGCGAUUAAUUUUUGCAAAGGUUCCCCUUCUGAUUUUAUGACUGUAUAAGAACUUGUAAAACAAAUUAAGCCAUAACUAAAUAAACUACCACAUAACACUCCA